CUCAUCAUUUCUACAUUGGAAUGAAUGAUUUGCCUGAAAAACGUCCUCCGUAAACACUCAUUUGUGUGAUGAGGAUGGGAAGAUUUCACCCACAGGAGAAAUAGUUUUCUGAUCUCUUCAAAUGGUGAUUCUGUUGCCAUAUGGCGGGGUACUCAUCCCAGUCACAGUGGGGUUAGUUCUGAAGGAACGAUAUGACAUCUUUUUUCCACUUAGACUCUCAACUUUAAAUCUUAUAUUUCCAACUGUGGCAAGUGGCUACUGGAAAAAUAUAGUUAAAUACUCAUAAUUCUAUUGUCUUACCUCCUUUUUCAUAGGAAUAGUUACAUUGCAGGGAAAAAUACUGGCAUGUUGUCCCCACAUAUAACAAAUUAAACAAAAGUAGUAUAGAAUUUGUUAAGAUAACUUUUUUGCUGAGAAAGUGUUUGCUGUGUUUAAAAACAUUUCCCCCCAUAACCCAUCCCUGCCGGUAUUUGUGCCUUUUGUCUUUGGACUAUGAGCCUCCUGGCCCUAUUCCAAACUUGGGUAUCUGUUAGAGACAAGAAAGCAAGACAGUUUUCCUUAUUGGUUUGUCUUAAACUUUAUCUGAAAGGACUAGUUGCACACCCAGUAAAUCUUUUCAUUUUGUGCCGAGGCUUUUUUAUUUCCAGGUCUGAGAGUAGUGGCUUAAAUAUGGCUCUAGUGUAAACAUUUUGGCCCAGGGGAGGCAGAGGGGUGAUGCCAGGGGAUUCUGGCUGGGUUAGCAUCCUGAGAGUGGAGCCCUCUCCUGGAGAAAGAUUUAUAUUAUCCAGCCCACAGAGACUUACCAAUCCACUGUGUUGAUUUAUUAAUUUAUAGUGAGAAAUGCAGCUGUUAGGAAAACUAGAACUCAAUCAUCCUUAGAUUGGUGUAUUUUCUCCCUGUAGGUAUGCUGCAUGGGAAGCCAAAUUAUAAAUAGACUGUUUCUCAGAGGAACAGAGCACCGUCCUAGGGAUUAGAAUAGGCACAGUUCAGGGAAGGGAGGGCAGGUUUAUAGCCCUUUGGGUUUUUCUUCUCAGUCUUUUAGCAUUGUUUCCUAAGCUUGCCUCAUCGUAAGGCUCGUCUGAGGCACUUGUUAAAAGUACUGAUCGCCAGACCCCUCUUCUGGAGACUGUGAUGUUGAGGGUCUGGGGGAGGACCCGGAAUGUGAGUUUUAUAUUUUUACAAGUGUCUCUGGUGAUUCCUGUGAUCAGACAGGUUUGGGAAACUUUGCAGGCCUAGUGUCUUUUUUCUUUUAAUAUCGUGUUUGUUUUUUGUCUGUUUUUCAUAUCAUGAAGGUAAUAUAUGCUCAUGGUAGAAGCUUAGAAAUUUAGGUACAUGCAAAGAAGAAAACAAACAUUAACCAUACUCCCACCCCCUGUUAUUCUCAAUACUGUGGCCAUUUUGGUACUUCUUCCAAUAACUUCAGUUCUAUCAGACCAGCUGUUCUGUAGCAUGUCCCGAAGUCUGGAUAGUUUUUCUGAAAGUUUCCUAUUCUCUAUGCAGAAGUGCCUUAAGAAGUAUUGUGCUGUUCACAUAAGGCAGUAUCAAAAAUACUCAGAUUCGCUGUGCUCCAGAAAGUGGCCCUAGUGAGUACCUUCAGCCACAUCUGGGCCAGGUGCCAGUGGUUUCGUCAGUGCCUGAGUUAUUGUUCCAGUUACCUUGGAAUGUGAUGUAAUUUGCAAUGAUUAAUUAGCUGCAGUCCAUAUUGAGAUUUUUCCCAUUGUCCCAAUAGUGGCCUUUAUAAUUGUUAAUCUUUUUGUAUAUUUGUUUGUUUUGGGUCCAGAACCCAGUUGAAGGCUGUGCAUUUCAUUUAAUUGUCCCUGUCUUUUUUUUUUUUUAAUUUUAAAAUUUAUUUAUUUAUUUAAUUUUUGGCUGCGUUGGGUCUUUGCUGCACGGGCUUUCUUUAGUUGCGACGAGCUGGGGCUACUCUUCGUUGUGGUGCAUGGGCUUCUCACUGCGGUGGCUUCUCUUGUUGCGGAGCACAGGCUCUAGACGCAUGGGCUUCAGUAGUUGUGGCACGUGGGCUCAGUAGUUGUGGCUCGCAGGCUCUAGAGCACAGGCUCAGUAGUUGUGGUGCACAGGCUUAGUUGCUCCGCGGCAUGUGGGAUCUUCCCGGACCAGGGCUUGAACCAGUGUCCCCUGCCUUGGCAGGUGGAUUUUUAACCACUGUGCCACCAGAGAAGCUCUGUCCCUGUCUUUUAAAUCUUAUUUAGUCUAGACCAGCUCCUUCGUCUUCCCGUUCUUUUUUUCGGGACAUCGUCAUCUUUAAAGGAGUUAGGCCUGUUGUUUUGUAGAAUGUUUCACACUGGAUUUCUCUGGUAGCUGCCCCAUUAUCAGAAAUAGGCUAAACAUUUUUUUAAUAGAAAACUAAAUUUUUGAUGUUCUAUCCUUCUCAUUGCAACACAUAAGGUGACUCCUAAGUGUGUCUUAUUCUUGGUGACACUCUGAUUAAAGGAGUAGAUGUAUACCAGAUUUCUUUAUUGCAAAAGUACUCUUUUCUCUUUGUAAUUAGUGAGCAAUUUAUGGGAUGAUACUUUGAGAUUGUGUGACUGUACUGUUCCCCAGCAGACUCUUGACUAGUGAUUUUAGCAUCCGUUGAUGAUCCUUGCCUGAACCAAUUACAUUUGUGGUCUGAAAAUGGUGAUCUAAUUCUAUCAUUCCUUGUAUAUUUUAUUAGCUGACAGUCAUCUUCUCUAAAGAAGUACUUCUCUCCUCUGCCCCCUUUUUAGAGCAUCACUGUGGAUUCACGGAAUUUUUUUGUGAUUUUGUUUGUCAGUCCAUUAUCAUUAUUAUUUUUGACACUCAAAUUGCCCCACGUUUGGUCAGUGGGAGUCCCUUCUAGGUGGCGCCUGUGUCUUUGACAUGUCCCCAUUUGUGUUGGAGCACUUCCUUGCCUUCUGGGACAGUAAGAUGUCCAGGCUCAUCUUGCACCUUCCCUGCCAAAGAUAUCGGCCAUUUCUCCAAGGAGCCCUGGUUUCCUUUUUGUGCAGAAUGACAUUUAGAAACCGAGAUACACGUGCAAGGUGUGCACUUUUCUUCUGAAGUCCUUUGUUUCUGGCCUCAUAGUUCUUAACUAGAGGUGCACAUUUGGAUUACUUGUAGUGCUUUGUGAAAAUAACACGUGCCUGGACACCAGAUAAAUCAGUUCAGUAGAGUGAGGGGAAGACCCCAACACCAGUAAUUUCUAAAAAGCAUCUUUGGAGAAUCUGAUUAAAUGCAAGUGUUGACAGUUGCUCUCUUCUAAAUUACAGUCACAUUCCAGUCCUGCCUCAUCCAGACGACUCUGAGAUUCUUGAUGAGCAUUUCGGGUAUUCCCAGACUCCUCGCUGGCAGGGUUACUGCAGUCUCUUGGUUUACUCCAGCAGGGAGCUAAUUAAGCCCUUUCUGUAUGGGUUUCACAUAGAGCAGCCUUCUUUUCUUCGUGGCAGAGAGUAUCUUUCCGUCACCCAUUGUGCAGAACCCCAGUGGGCACACUCAGCGUGCAUUUAGGACACGAACAAAGGAGGUGCUUAACUGCGUGGAGGAGGAAAACAAAGGAAGACACAUUGUAAACCUCAUCUUGAUGAACUUAUCCAGAAUUUUACAAUUAGAAAACUUAGGAGGAAGCUAUUUUAAUUUCAGAGUGGAGAUGGGAGCUCUGAAUGCCUGAGCUCGGCAGAGCAGAUGGAGUCUGAGGACAUGCUGAGCGCCUUAGGCUGGAGCCGAGAAGACAGGCCAAGGCCGAGCGCCAAGCCUGCAAGCGGUGCCUUCCCAACACUGGCCCCCAUGGUUGUCAUGAAGAACGUGCUGGUCAAACAGGGCAGCAGCUCAUCCCAGCUCCAGUCGUGGUCUGUGCAGCCCUCCUUUGAAGUGAUCUCAGCACAGCCCCAGCUCUUAUUCCUUCAUCCACCUGUACCGUCUCCUGUCAGCCCAUGUCACGCUGGUGAGAAAAAGUCGGACUCCAGGAACUACUUGCCCAUUCUCAAUUCUUACACCAAAAUAGCCCCACACCCAGGCAAAAGGGGCCUCUCCCUCAGCCCAGAAGAAAGAGGAGAAGGUGGAAUGCAGAAGAAGAUCUGUACUGAGAGACUGGGGCCAAGCCUGUCUUCUAGUGAGCCGACCAAGACUGGUGCUGGCCCACCCGGGCCCCCGACGCCAGCGCCCCCCAGCACCAAGCUUGCCGAAGACUCAGCUCUUCAGGGUGUGCCCUGCCUGGUGGCAGGUGGAAGUCCACAGACGCUUCAGCCAGUGUCCAGCAGCCAUGUGGCUAAAGCGCCCAGCCUGACCUUUGCUUCCCCCGCCAGCCCUGUCUGUGCGUCAGACAGUACCCUGCACGGGAUGGAGAGCAACUCCCCGCUGUCCCCACUGUCAGCUAGUUACAGCUCCCCUCUGUGGGCUGCAGAGCACCUCUGCCGCAGCCCAGAUAGCUUUUCAGAGCAGCGGCAGAGCAAGCACAGGCGCUUUCAGAAUACCCUAGUAGUCCUACACAAAUCUGGUUUGCUGGAGAUCACUUUGAAAACCAAGGAGUUGAUUCGUCAGAACCAGGCAACUCAGGUGGAACUAGACCAGCUAAAGGAGCAGACCCGGCUAUUUAUCGAGGCCGCCAAGAGCAGGGCUCCUCAGGCUUGGGCCAAGCUGCAGGCGUCUUUAACAUCAGGGUCAGGUCAUCCUGGCAGUGACCUAGAAGCGUUCUCCGAUCAGCCAGACAUAUAACAUAGAAGGCAUAUUUUCCUGUUACUUGAGUGGUUCUUUUUAACUCUUUUACCGUCGUCUACUCCUGUUUCCCGAAGCUUAUGUAAGAGCUUUCCUUUUAAACUUAAACUGUUCAGCGGUUCACUUACGAAGCCACAUGCCAAUACCUGGCUGCUGUCUUAACCUGUGGUCUGUGCACAGUUUCCCUUUGUCUCCGUUCCACUGAGGACCUCAGAUUGUCCUCGAGUCCCUCUUCCUUAGCCUGCAGGCACUUCGAUGGAUCACGGUGCAAAGCGGGAAAGAUGCUUGUGUGGGGCCCCUCUAGCUGUCACGUCCCACCAUCCCACUCACUAACCGUGAUCAGGGAUGCAGUGACGCAGACAAGCGUACAGAGUGACACCUGUCAAGCCAGGGAGUAGGUGACAUAAGGAGACCUUCGUGGAUCUUCCCUUGAAGGUCUUAGUCACAGAGGAAAAUAUAAGAGGAGGGUGUUUCCAUUUUACGAGGCCUUGUGCCAUUCGGGAGAAACCUAAAGUGCUCUGGGCACACAUUGGUCCUCGGAUGCAAGCACUUAAUCACUUAAAGCUUUGUUUCUUUAAACUCGAAAGUCAAGGGGAAGGGGUGGUACCGUUAACUCGUACACUUUCAUCAUAAGCCAGAUUUCUGUUAAACUGGUAGGUGAAAUAUUUCAGAUUUGUAAAGUAUGGAAUGGAUUUAGGACCAUCUGGAGCUACGGUUGAUGAACUGCUUUUUUGACUCAGAGUCUGAAGAAAGAAAUGGCUAACAUCUCUUGGUUGAGAGCUGGAAGAUUCUGAUAAUUUAUGCUUUUUUCUUUCUCUCUCUUCUUUUGAAACAAUGCAAAAGAAGAUUUUCUUACAUGUGAAAAUCCUAAAAGAGAGCUUCAUGGUUCCCGAUUGUGUAAUACAAGUCAGCCCUCUGCUACCAUCUUUUUUCCCCCCUUUGUUUUUACAAAAGAGGAAAGAAAUGAUUAUUAAGCUUGAUAAACUUUGAAUUAAAAUCAUCAUAAGGUUAUGACAUUAAGUCCACAAAAAAUUGGAAAACGUUAUCCAUUUUCUUUCCACGUCCAGAGUUUUCCUUUGUCUUACGUCACGGUGACGUGGAGCAGUCUUCUGUGUUUCUUUCGUGCAUUGGAUUUGGCUGCAAAGCCAACGGUGUAGUGGGUUAUGUGAAGUCCAUCUAGAAGUGGAGAGUGUUAUGAGACCUUGCAGACGAUACACACCCUUUCAGCCUCAUUGUAAACUAGAUUUCUGAGUCGUAAAGUUGCCAGCUUUUUACCCUCCCAUUUAAAAAUUUCAUCCUCUUGAAAAUCUUUGUACCAAUUACUUUAGUAAGAAAUUCUGUAUGACCAACUUCAUCUUUUCUGCAAGGAAAAUGUUCUUGAAGUUCUGCCAAGGCCAGAAGCUAAGGCUCAUGCUUGCUGGGUAGUUGUAACUCUGAACAUAGUUUUAAGAUUACAAGGCUUCAGAUUGCCUGCAUUUUGUUCUCAAACAUGCACAAUUUAGAUACGACCAAUUUAGAAGUAAACAACUCCGUAAAAUCUUCAGACUCUCCUGGUAAAUGCAGAAUUAUUACCUGCCAUUUGCUUUCUGAAAGAUUUCAAAAAUCAGAGCAAAUGUGUCUUUAAGCAGACUCUGCUCCUUUUACUGUUUUUCUCUUGGCCCACACCCUUUGCCUCCCUGAAUCUGUGUGGUGCUGCAGGAACUCUGCUCUGCACGCCGUGCUAGGAAGCUUCCUUUCUGGCAGAGUAUGUUUGGCAGCAAAGCUCUGGAAACAGGUGCCUUCAGAGCAGCCUGGGCACCAGUCAUGAGUCUUACUGAGUCAAAAAUCUGAACACACUUGCUGAGAACCAAAUUUAUUCCUUCAGAAAAAACCCUCUGUGGAGCUUUAUGCGUCUUGGACUCUUCUUCCUAGAUUAAGGUUUGCAUUCCCUCCUGUCAGGUACAAGACGAUGAAAGCCGUCAUUGAUCCUCACUGCUGAGUGACAGGGAAAAGCAGCACCACCCCGCGGCUCUUCUCUGAUGUUGUAACUCAGUGUGGAAGUCUCUCUGGGCUCUUAGCAUGGGUGUUCUUUACCUAGUGGAGCAGUAAGCAGAUGAAGCCACUUAGAGAAGCUGGUCGUGGAAGGAGAGAUCCACUGAGGCUAGCAGACAUGUGGAGCCAGAAACCAGAUCGGCAAAUGGAGGAACCUCGGAGUUGACUGGAAGGAUCUCCGUGGGUUUCACGAGGCUGUAAGUAGUAGUGGUUUUAGUGAUGCGUGAUUUGAUCUGGUAUGAAGUUCUGUGGCAAAGCUGCUGUUUUCUAAAAGCCAUUCUUAGCUCAAACCAACCCUUAAGAGAAGUUUCGGCAGAUUGUGUUGGCAGUAUUGAAAGACAUCUAGAAAAAGCUGCUGAUUGAAUUGGUUAUGGGAAUGGAGUUUGGUGACAUUUGUAAUUUAAUACACUCAUUGCUUUUUAUCGAUUGUGGUAUUGUCUGACUUUACUAUGAUUCCUUCAGCAGAAAAGUAACUCUUGUGCAUAUAUUGAAGUGUUUUUCCAGCUAUGAAUUCUUUAGGGUAGAGAUUUAUUUACCAAAUGUGAAUUCCUUUGAGGAAGUAUGAAGUUUUGUAGAAACUGACUGUGAAAUGUCAGAGAAAAAUAAAAGUCACUUACUUGAAAACUA